AGUUUCAACGCAUCAGAGCAAGAGGAGAGCAGUGAUACCGAAUGUGCUAUUUGUUUGAGUGAGUUCGCUGAAAAUGAUGAAGUGUGUCGAGCAAGAAACGUCGACUGCAAGCACAUUUAUCACUCAAAGUGCCUUAAAGCAUGGCUACUAAAACACGAUGGCUGCCCAAUAUGCCGACAAGACUACCUGAGUUCCGCUGUCUAG